CCAGGACAGUUUCUGAGCCGCAGUCAUCGACUGCACCACGUCCUGCGCUGCUCUGCUGCUAUACUCUGCUGCUUGUGGUGCUGCUGUUGGUGCUCUGGUACUGCUGCUGUUACCGAUCAUCCUCUUCUUGCUACUACUACUACUACUACUACUGUUGCUGCUACUGCUGAUUCUGGUGCUGAUGAUCUUGCUGAUUCUACCGCAACAUUGUUGUUGUUAACUCUUUACAACAUCGUCAUCGUCAUCGUCAUUGUCAUCAUCAUCGUCAUCGUCAUCAUCUUCGUUCGUUCGUUCGUUCGUUCGUUAAGAAUAACGAAUUUUCUGUUGUUGUUGUUACCUGUUGUUGCUGCUGCUGUUGUUGUUAUCGUUGUUGUUUGUUACUGUUGUUAUUGUUAUUGUUAUUACUGUUACUGCUGCUGCUGGUGAUACCACCAACGCUGCUGCUGCUGCUGCCAUUGCUACUGUUGUUAUUGUUAUUGUUAUUGUUGUUGUUGCUGUUGUUAUUGUUCUUGUUGUUGAUAUUACCAUUGUUACUUCGUUUGUUUGUUUCUUUCUCUUUCCAUCUCUCUCUCUCUCUCUCUCUCUCUCUCUCUCUCUCUCUCUCUCUCUCUCUCUCUCUCUCUCUCUCUCUCUCUCUCUCUGUCUCUCUCUCUCUCUUUCAUUUUUCUUCCACGCUCGAUCCAUUCUUUAUAUAUUUUUGUUAAUCUCGAUCUUACUUUAUUCGUGAUUAAUAUCGAUUAUAAAGAGAGAGAGAGAGAGAGAGAAAAGACGAAGGGAGAGGAAGAGUGAAUUUGUUAAAGAACGAUGGACAUAAUGUUGGAUAUCAUGUGAUCUUUUUUAAUUGACGACGUUUAACGGUGUUAUUGUCCGGUUUUUAUAUUCGUGAGUGUACGAAAAGAAAAGGACCCAGUGAUUUCGACGAUUGGCAAAAGAUACGAUUGAUUUUUGUGAAGGUAUGUGAUCGUUGUGACAAACUGUUUAUAUCGAAAGAGACUUUCAACGAUUGGCCAGCUAUCACCAGAUGAAAAAGUUGUAAUUCUUUUGGAAUUCUACUUCUUUCGAUUGAAAGUUAUACAAAGGACAAACUUUGAAAAACUCUGUGCUUCUCAAAUCCCGGAAACUGGACAGUUCUUUCAACGAAAAAAAAAAAAAGAAAAAGAAAAAAAGAAAACGAAAUGAUUUGAUUAAACGAACCAAAUCACGAACCAGUGUUGUUAUUAAUUUGUUUUUGAAGAAGAACAGUGGACAAAAAUCAUAGGCCUAAAUCUUAUUUGUGAAAAGGAUAUUUGUGAAAACGAUAAGAAGAAUUUAUUAUUAUUUUCAUCAUAAUUUCUAUCGAUCGCCGAUCAUCGAUAGAUCAACGAUCAUCGGAAACUUAUCGAAUCUUUGGACUGGACUGGACGAGAAUGCAGAGUUCCGACUGAUUACACAUUUUCACGUCGUUAAAAACGAUAAACUAUCAUCGUCUGGCUGUCAUUUAUAAAGUCGUACGUGUUGCAAUAACGACGGAAGAAAUGAUAUUAGAGUGGCUCGAAAGCGUGAGAGGAGAUCUAACGUUCUAAGAAAUUUUCUAUGCCGUGGUCGUAGCUCUCGGAAAGGAUGUUCCACGGGGGCGGAAGUGGUGGGUACGGCGCAGGCUCCGACUAUCAGCAACAAUCUCAGCAACAACAACAGCAACACGGACAGCAACUGCAAGCCCCCGUUUACGUACCUUCGUCCAGACCAGCGAUCCCUUCAGCAGCCACGGCAGCCCAAUAUCAUUCCUUUGCCGGUUCUGCUUCACCUGCGUGGGAAAAAACAGCGUCCUGGCAACAUGGCGUCGAAACUUACGCUGCUCAUCAUGCAUUGGCUGGUCAUACGAGUGCAUCCAGUGCAACGAUGGGUCCACACACGGGUCAUGCUCAUCCUCAUGCUGGUCACCCUCAUACAGCACAUCCCCAUUCUACCCUUGCAGCGGCUGCACCCUUUUAUGCUCAGAACGUUGCGAUGAUGUCGUCAUGGCGUGCUUAUGAUGGCGCUGGAUUUCAACGUGCUUCGCCAUACGACACGGCGAUGGACUUUCAAUUUGGCGAGGGUCGAGAGUGCGUCAAUUGCGGGGCAAUUUCCACACCGUUGUGGCGAAGGGACGGCACUGGUCAUUAUCUUUGCAACGCAUGCGGGCUUUAUCACAAGAUGAACGGCAUGAAUCGACCGCUCAUCAAACCGUCAAAACGCCUGAUAUCUGAAUUUCAGACGGCUACGAGACGGCUAGGAUUAUGCUGCACAAAUUGUGGUACACGGACAACGACAUUGUGGAGGCGUAACAACGAUGGUGAACCGGUGUGCAAUGCAUGUGGCUUGUAUUUUAAGUUACACGGUGUUAACAGACCAUUGGCAAUGCGAAAGGAUGGAAUUCAAACGCGGAAACGGAAACCGAAAAAGACACCAGAACCAAAUGCUAGAUCCAAUACAGCGGAACACGAGACUACAGCAUCGAGUACAUCGUCACCUUCUAUGGAUCCAAAAAGUAAUCAACAACAGCAACAACAACAGCAACAACAACAGCAACAACAGCAGCAACAACAACAGCAGCAUCAAAUCGACGUGUCUAAAUCGUCGAGUUCCUCGACGCCGACUGAAAGGCCUGUAUACCUUGGACACACGUCCCUACUAGCAACCGGAAGUGUACCUGCCGUGAAAACGGAACCUCGAAGUUGCGACGGGAUCGUAGGUCAACCGUACUCAUCUUAUUAUCAACAUCCGCAUCAACUUAGCGUACCAACGAGUGAACAUCAACAACAGAGUUAUUAUGGAACACAGGAGGCCCCUUAUCAUCAUCAACAUCAUGUCACAGCUGCUGCUAAGCUUCUGGCAUCAUCGUAAUUUAAUUCCUUAAACGUAAGGAUUAAAGAUAAUGAAGCUUCAAUAUAAAAUAGAAGACUAUCUUACAAUUGGACGAUACCGAAGGAUAAGAUUAAUCAUCGAUAAAAGAAUUCGAUAAUAGCGAGUUUAAAGUGCAAUCCAAGCUAGCUGCUUGCUUAACGUGAUCGAAGAGAAUGAAAGAAGGAAGAAUAUCCAAAAAUAAAUAAAUAAACAUGUAAGGGGAUACGAUGAAAAGGAGAAUUAAUGUAUGUACACAAAUACGUACAUACUUGCUACGUGACUAUAUCGCGUGACAACGGAAACGAAGAUUCGAAGGAUAACUCUCGAUGGACGUUUAAUGCGAGAACAUAACGAGAAUGACCUUGGAUCUCUAGUCAACGAUCGAUAACGACGGAUUGAAGACGAUCGUUUCGAAAUUUUACGUACGAAAAUCAUUUUAACAGCUUUCGAGAAAUUGAUAAGGAACUACAUGAGCAUUAGACUUAUCAUUACGUUAAAAAAGCACACGUACAUAAACGUACAUAAUCAUAGACACACACACACACACACACACAUACACACGCAGAUUAUCUAUAUUUUAUUCGGCUAUUCGAUAUUUCUAUGACACACAUUAUACGCGAUCAUCCUUACGAUAGUAAAAACAAAAAAAAAAACAAAAAAAAAGAAAAAAAAAAGAAAUGCUUUCAUUGUAAAUAGCUCA